CGAUGGGCAAACAAAGAAAAGGCGAGUUCCAAGAGAAGCGAUUUGCACAGAGGAAAAAGGGACCACCUGGGAAGCCGAUAUUCAAGAAAAAGCAGAAGUUCGAAAAGAAACCCAAGCCGGAGAAACCAUCAAUAUCGGAAAUCGAAGGCAAAACGCGAUCAAAUAAAAGAGGAGAGGGCUGCGAAACAGAAGGAACUGAAAGAAAAGCGAACACAACGACAGAAAGUCAUGUCUAAAAAGACGAAGAAGGGCCAACCAGUAAUGAAAGAUAGGAUUGAAUAUCUGCUGAAGAAAAUCCAGGAGUCGCAAUCAGAUACAACUAUGUAAAAUACAAAAGGAGCCAGCAUUUCUAAAAAAAUGGAAAAUUUUAGUGCACCCGCACACGUUUCGAGCAGUUUGACUUUAGUAGUUAUUCUCCAAAAAAGGAUAGUAUAUGACCUCGAAACUAGUUCAUUCUAUUUUUUUCCUUUUUUACCUUUUCCCUUGCCCUUGCCUUUCCCCUUUCCUUUACCUUUGCCCUUGCCUUUGCCUCCAUUACCACCACCUGAAACUCUUUCUACUAGCAUAUUCUCGUCAACUUGCGUCCAAAUGCUAGCGGUCUGAGUGCGACCGCCUGUCGGACCCUUCGGUGUUCUGAGUUCAAUUUCAAUUAAUGAUUUCUUAUCAGACGAUGGCUCUUUCUUUCCCAUUUUUAAUAUAAAAACGUCCGAGUCUAGGUCCAUUGUUCCUUUCCGGCAAAUCUAAAAUUAAAUUCAGGAUAAAUGUUUAUUGGUUGAUUAAUCAUUGAACAUUUUCCGAGCUAGACAGAAA